AUGCUGCGCUACUCCUCCGUCUACUCCGUCUUACACCUUGAUCCCGUCUCGUCCUUCUCCCCACUGACACCACACAAGUGCGAAUACCUCAGCGCCGUCGAUAGCUGCACGCACUGCCGCGAUGCCCACGUGCAGUGCACUUUCGACCUGCCACUGGCCCGACGCGGUCCCAAAGCCAGGAAGAAGAGCGAUCAGCCCGGCCAGCCACCUCCAGACCCGAGCUCCCUCUCCACCGGGGCUCGUGGAUCCGGCCAGAUGCCGCCGCCGUUGAGCUUCUCCGGCCCCGCAGCAGGUGGACUGCAGCAGCCCUUCAACUCGUCUUCGAUGUCGCCCGAGACGGCGUGGGAGCCCGUCGAGCCUCUCAGCAUCGAGAAUGGCCUGCCACGGCAGCCGCUGGGCGACCUGCCCGGCCUCUCCACAAUUCAGAACAUCUCGACUCGCCAGCGGUGGCUACACCUCGCCCACGCAAUGACGUUGCGCAACACGACGCUAGAACGGGUCUCGAAGCGAUGUAUCGACCUCUUCUUCGACUACCUCUAUCCUCUCACCCCCCUGGUGUACGAGCCUGCCCUCCGGGACGUCCUUGCAUACAUCUUCUCGCAGCCCUUGCCCGGCAUGAACCAACCAUCGCCGCUGUCGCAGCUCACGCCGGACGCGACCACUGGCACCACCCCCAUCAGUUCUGCCGAGUCGUGGACGGGCUUCGGCCAGCCCAGCGGCUCCAGGAUCGUUGGCAGCAGGCUGGCUCCUUGGGUCGACUCGACCUUCACCCUGGUCACGGCCGUCUGCGCAGAGGCGGCAUUCAUGCUACCCAAGGACAUUUUCCCCGAAGGAGAAUCCGUCUCGGAAAUCUUUCUCGAGGCCUCUCGCGACUGCCUUCACCAGCAUCUCGAGGCCGACCUGGAGAAUCCGACGGCCAACUCGAUUGCCAUCCGCUACUUCCACUCCAACUGCCUCCACGCCGCGGGGAAGCCGAAGUAUUCGUGGCACAUCUUUGGCGAGGCCAUCCGCCUGGCCCAGGUCAUGCACCUCCACGAGGAGGCUUCGCUCGAGGGGCUCGUCCCCAUCGAGGCAGAGUUCCGGCGCCGUUGCUUCUGGAUCUUGUAUCUGGGCGACAAGUCGGCCGCCAUACUCAAUAACCGUCCCAUCACCAUCCACAAGUACUGUUUCGACACGGGCAUCACUACCCUUUACCCGUCGGGCAUCGAGGAUGAGUUUCUGAACACGGCCUCGGAGCCGCCCAGAAAAAGCUUUAUUUCCGGGUUCAACGCAAACGUGCGGCUGUGGCAGUCGGCCGCCGAUCUGCUGCUGGAAAUCCGAGUGCUUCAGGACCAGAUGAUGCAGCAUUUUAGGGGCAGCAUGCCCCCCAACCACGUUCUGCCAUCUGCCGACAGGCAGCACCUCGACUCCCUCUAUGUCAGAUUCAUCACCUGCUUGGACGACCUCCCGCCGUACCUCCAGUCAUGCACGCUGGCCAUGGCAGCAAUGGCCGAGGGCAACGGGUCGGCCGAGUCCAAGCAGUACGUGAUCCAAUGCAUUAACCUGCAGGUGACGUUUCACUGUCUGCGCAUGGUGAUUACGCAGAAGUUUGAAGAUCUCUCUUAUUUUGCUCCUGGCGUUGAGCAGGCCGAUUUGAGGAAGUCGGAGAUUGUACGAGACAUGUUGAGAGUGAUGAACGAAGCGCCCUUUUGGGGCCUCCAGGCCAACGGCGAGCCAAACGUGGAAAAGAUUCGCCUUAUCGGAGCUAGUUUGUUAGCCAUUAUCCAUCGGAACCAGGAUUCACCCCUGGCGACGCGAGCUAGGAGCGACUUUACGGUGCUCUUGGAUAUUCUCACGCGGCUGGACUCCAAGGCCUCGGAUCAGCUUAGGAACACGUCUAAUACCGUUGUUGGCUAA